AUGAUGAAGAGACUUUUAAAGGAGUUGCAACAAGUUAAGGAGGAAAAAGACUUUAAGAUGGAUGCAGUGGUUCAUAAGGAUUCUAGAGGGGUAGAGGAUUGGAGUAAGUGGGAUGUGUAUGUAACUGGGGCCCAGGGAAGCAUUUAUGAAGGGCAUGUUCUUCAUGCCAAGAUGACAUUUCCAAGUAGAUAUCCCAAUUUGCCACCUACCUUUACAUUUGUUACCAAGAUGUUCCAUCCGAAUGUCUAUUCUAAUGGUAAAGUGUGUAUUUCCAUUUUGCAUACGGCAAAUGACAAUCCAUACGAUUCAUACGCAGCCAAUUAUUCGUGGACUGCAGUACAAACGGUAAGAACCGUGUGUAUUUCCAUAAUAUCACUUCUUGCAGACCCAAAUAUUAAAAGUCCAGCGAAUAUUGAUGCAUCCAACAUGUUUAGGGAUCAUAAAGAGGAAUAUGAAGAGAAAGUUAGAGAAAUGCUUGAAAAGUAUGCAAAAAAGGAAGCAGAUGAGGGACAAGUGACAAUUGUUCAAAAGGAAUAA